AUGAUCAUUACCCCUCGGUUCCACCUGCUAGAGCUUGGCGAUCAGCCAUGGUGUCCAGAAUGGCUGCGCGAAUACUCGCACAUGGCUCGCAUCCAGAUGUGGAAGACCAGGGCCCCUGGAACCAAAGACUCGCCAGCCGUGCAAGUCUGCGACCUGCUGCUCAACCAUCUGCCUGACCUGGCCUCCUUCACCUUCAUUGACUCCUGUGCAGGCGGGGGAGGACCAAUUCCUAUCAUGGAGGCUACCCUGAACGACAAACUCAAGCAAAGGGGGGAAGGGCCGGUGAACUUCAUUCUCACCGAUCUCUACCCCUCGCUUGAAAAAUGGGCAGCCAUGUCGAAACGGAGCGCUAAUAUAUCUUACAUCGAGACCCCGGUGGAUGCCACCCGUGCCCUGCGAAUGGCGGCGCCGGGAAAGAAAGAAUGUCGCAUCUUCAACCUGUGCUUCCACCAUUUUGAUGACCCAGAGGCCGCUACGGUGCUUCGAAGUGCUAUCCAAGAGACGGAUGCUUUUGUGAUCUUUGAAAUGACAAAUCGAACCCUCUCGGCCUUCCUCAAUACCACUUUCAUUGUCUUAUCGCCCUUGUUAACGACGUUUAUGUGGUUCAGUCACUCACCUCUUCAUAUGAUCUUUACCUACCUCUUUCCACUUGUUCAGAUGUUUUUUGCCGUGGACGGCUACGUGUCAUGUAUACGUGGACGGACGCCGGAGGAAAUCACGCAGUUGAUCAAUAAACAGUCGGAUCUGGACCUCAGCGGAUGGGAUUUCAAGAGCGGCGAAGAGAUGAUGUUGCCUCCAUUCGGAAAGAUGUAUUGGUAUAUAGGGACCAAGAAAUAG